AUGGAAGAUUCCGCUAGUUCAGCAACCCACGCUCUGCAGGCGCGAUUACCCGUCACACGCGUCAGGAAAAUAUUCAGACUUGAUUCGAACUGUACGACAAUUUCAACUGAGGCCGUGCAACUUCUCACCCUUGCUGCGGAACGUUUCACUGGAUUGUUAGCAAAAGCAGCUUAUGGGCAGGCGAUUUUUAACAAACGAAAAACCCUCCAGCUAAGAGAUCUUGAAUUUUGCAUAAAGAAUUACGAAUCGUUUAAUUUUCUGGAUGGUACAUUGGAUGGAUGGCCGGAAAUUAGUGGAGGAAAACACAGUUUUGGCAGUAGAUCAAGCGUCACCACGGCUGCAAAAAGGUCAAAGAGAUUUGUUUCCGUUGAUGCAAAUGAAGAACAAAAAGAUUUGAAUGUUGAUGCUGAUGACUUAACUGAUGAGAUAUUUAGUUUAGAUGAGUCAUUAGAAGCCGAACUAUUUAAUGAUCAGACUGCUGAAAAGGAUAAUGCAGUAACUGCCAAGAAUACAGAUGUUGACGAUGUUGUCCAAAAAGUUCAAAGCUUUAAAUUGAAAGUUUUUGGCCACUACGGCUAUUAUCUCCCAAUGAAUUCAACUGAUGUUGAAGUAGGAGCUAAUAUGAUGCGUAGUAAAUAA